CUGACAAUUGGGUCAAAUUUUGCAAGAGAAUUUACUAACAAAAAUGAAUUGUUCCGUGAAUAUUCUAUUUCUCGUCAUUUUAUCACUUGGUAAACUGACGGUAGCCGAGGACAACACAUCGACGAAGCAAGCAACUGAUUGGUGCGAACGUAAUUGCCCGAAAGAAGAUCACAUUGGGUGCAUCCAUAAGAACUGUUACACAUUGGAUAGUCCAUGUGAGCUGGCGAAAAUUGAUGAGAAUGUCAUUCUUGAUACCCACAAUAAGCUGAGAAAUACAUUCGCUAAAGGCGAAGAAAAAAGGCAACCGAGCGCUGGUAAGGCAGCUAAUAUGAUGUACCUGAACUGGGACAUUUAUCUGGAAUAUUUGGCAGCCUGCAAUUUAAAACCUUGCGCAGGUAUGAAACACGAUCAAUGUCAUGUAACCGAAAAAUUUUCCACUGCUGGUCAAAAUUUGGCUUGGAGCUCCAAUAAAGGAGAUUGUGCGGCUCAAGUCCCUACCAUGAUAAACAAUUGGUACGGUGAAAUCGUACACAUUCCCCAAUCAGAAUUUGACCAAAUUGCCGAAAAAUACCACAAACCCGAGGGUAAAAUAAUCGGUCAUUUUACACAAGUAAUCUGGGCCAGAACCUCACACAUCGGUUGCGCAAUGGCUCGCAACAAAAAGGAGUGUACGUUUGCAUGCAACUACGGUCCCUCUGGAAAUAUCCGAUGGGGACGCAUUUACGAAGAGGGUGAACCUGCCAGCAAGUGUCCCCCUGGGCUUUUAGCAAACUACGAAUUUCAGGCACUUUGUGGUAAAAAGGAACCAAAACAAGAGCCAGAUUCUACUCUACAUUCUUCCCAAGUUCAAAACCAUAUUGUUUUUUUGAUUUUGCCUGUGACUAUAUUAUUUGCGAAUAUGUAAUGGAAAAUAAAAAUUGAUUUCAU